AGCUGCUUCGCAGUAGCAGUCAACUUUCUCUGCCUCCCGGACAGGUGGCCAUACCCAAGGUGAUUGUGUGCCCAGAAUGCACACUUUAUGAGUUUCUACAUCAAAACGUAACUCAAGAAGAACAGCCUAUCGCUUCAAUGCAGGCCUUGCGACCACGUAAGGCCUUGCCCGAUAGACCUACAAGGCCUACUUCAACAAACACGCCAAUACAGCCAAGGCGUUUAAAGAGAGCAAGACACGUUGUCGAGCAGCAGGGCUCCGGAGAACUGGUGGAGAUUGAGCGACAGAUCAGAGCAGUCGACAAGCAUUGCAAAACCCCCUCAAUCGAGCAUAUAAAUCCGCCAGGCCCUGACAUCUUCAAGCUUGCGGCCGCGCUAUGGAGCAGGCCAGCAAUUAACCAGUUUUGCUCUCUUAUUCGCAGUAGGAGGGAUCCUAGCUUCCGGUUCACCAGCACUGGUGAAUUCAGCACCCGUAUCAAAGCUUGUUACCAAGGCAUUACUAUCGCCGACAGGAAAGUAAUUUUGAAUAUAUUCCUACUGCGGUACCAUCAGGUUAGGCUCGCCCGAUACGUCGAGCAGACGAAGCAGGGCACUCUCCGAGCAGAUCCAAAGUUGUUAGCCAAUAUCCGGCAAGAUCUUGGGUUGAAGAAAGCCGAAUUCGAUAACCACCUCAAAACUGGCCAGAAAUGGAUACGAAUUUGUGCCCCAUGCGACGGUCUCCUAUGCUUCAUUUUUAUUAGUGGGGAUAAUAAGUUUGGGAUAUCACCAACCAGCUACCUCGCUAUGACAUCUAAAGGCCGCUCAGCAUUCCAUCGCCUAGUAUUUGACGACGAAUAUACUACACACCUACACAAUCUAGGGAAGGUAUUUCAAGAUUCUUUGGACAGCAUAGUAGAGGAUGUUGAGUUUAGAUUGGAGAGCAUUUGCCCCCUAGACUUGGAACAGCUCUCAGAACCGGACCUUCUCUCUAGCUUUGAAUCCCCACGAUGCAAAACCUCUACCAGCCGGACGAGUAUCCUAGUUGGCCCAAACCAGAAGGUUGGCCCGACGAGUGGCCAUGGCCGGCCAAUCCCAUGUCGAUACCAAAGGGGGAGAUGCAGUGUGAUCUUUGUAGGCAACCAACCUGCGGGUGCGUUAACUCUUCCAUGUUCAAGCCGCGUAUUAAGGAUUGUGGGAGCGCGGGACGCGGUCUCCAAGCGGUCACAGGUGGGUCCGGGGAGAGAGCGUAUGCGAGAGGAGAUAUUAUCGGCUAUAUCACCGGCGAAAUUGUGCCGCUACAAACUUACAGCGGUGAUCGAGUCCGGACGUCGUGAGACAAGAUAUCCCUGGAGAGCCUAUUGUCUGUCAAAUCCGUUGUGUGGAUAUUGGUAACUGCUUCAGGCUGUUGAACCAUAAGCCUAUGGGGACGGCAAAUACGCAGCUGAGGGGAAUCAGAGUAUCUGGAGCGUACAGGAUUGCAGUGGAAGCAACCGUGGAUAUAUAUGAUGAUUGGGAGAUAACAGUUCAUUACGGGGCGAUGGGGAAACUGGCGUAGUCUAAGAUUCUUAUAUUUCAUGUUGCUAUGUUAUUUCUUUACAUAUAUUGAAGCUAGAGCACCGUAUUCCCAGCCCUUUUUGUUUGUUAUUGAGCCUCCGCUAGUUUCUUUGCUAUUUCUUUCGCUUCGCUCGUUAAUUGACUAUAUAAGCAAAUAAACUCCACUGAAUAGUUUUGCUAGAUUAUCUACU